AUGCAGUCGGGGAACCUCUGGAGAAUUCUGGGACUCUGUCUCUUAUCAGUUGGCGCUUGGGGGCAGGAAGCCCAGAAGAGGAAAAAGUAUAAAGUCUCCAUCUCCGGAACCACGGUAGUGCUGACAUGCCCUGAGGAAGCUGAAGCUGAAAAUCUAAAAUGGGAAAAAGAUGGGAAAAAGAUACCACAGGCUAAUGAAAAGCAGCUAUUUCUGGAUGAAUUUUCAGAAGUGGAGCACAGUGGUUAUUAUGCCUGCUAUACAGACCUCUCGAAGAAGAACUAUCUCUACCUGAAAGCAAGAGUGUGUAGGAACUGCAUGGAGGUGGACCUGAUGGCAGUGGUUGCAAUCAUUAUAGUUGACAUCUGCAUCACUCUGGGCUUGCUGCUGCUGGUGUAUUACUGCAGCAAGAAGAGAAAGGCCAAUGCCAUGCCUGUGAUGAGAGCAACAGGUGCCGGCGGCAGGACUAGGGGACAAAACAAGGAGAAGCCACCACCUGUUCCCAAUCCGGACUACGAGCCCAUCAGGAAAGGCCAGCACGACCUGUAUUCUGGCCUGAAUCAGAGAGGCAUCUGACGGCUCCUGAGGACGCUGCCUCCUCCAGACCAGGUCUGGCUUCUCCAGGGCCUGCUACUCCCUGUACCCUGGGUAAAUCCUGGACUCCAGAAGAGAACUGUUCCUCUGCCUUCUGGAGAACUCAC